CUCUUCAUCUCUCUUCAUCUCUCUACCCGCUCUCCACCCCUCUUUCCAUCUCCCCGCCCUCACAGCAUGUCCUUCCCAACACUAGGCCUCGGCCGCCCUCCGCAGCCCAACUCCUCCCCACCAAUUAGCGGGCGCGACUACCUCGUCAAGCUCCACAAGUAUCUCUCGGCCAACCUCGCCCGACUCGCGCCCCCCUUGAGACACAAGAACCAGGACGCGACAUGGUUGCAGCAAUCCUACACUCUUCUAACACUCGGCCUCGACCCGAACAGCGCGCCACUCAGCCGAUCGCUCAAGGUGCCCCUCACACUCGGCUUCGGCGCCCCCGCACCCCCACAACAGCGGCACACCAAGCCGGUUCUGCUGCGGCUCCCCCCCGACAAGCUUCUCUAUUUGCUGCUGCGAUGGCAGAGCGUCUCCCAGUCGCUGCCGCAUGUAGGCAGGACGGAUGUCCCGGUGCCAGAAGGGAUCGCGGGUUCUGUGCGGGGACCGCGAGAUGGGCGAUACGGCGACGGCGAUGUUGAGAGCGUGCGUAGUUGGGUGGGGAGCAUCCGCAGCGUAAGCAGCCGCGUCCCUAGUGGCUGGUGGAGGCCUCAAGAGGUUGAUGAGGACAAGCUUCUCCUCGAGCUGUACACCGUCUUCAACGCUCUCCCUGGCCUGCUCAUCCACCCGCCGUUCAAUACCGAUCCGCCCGUGGCCGAGCUGCUUGAAGCGGGCGGAUACACUCUGGUCGGUGGCGUGGACGUGCGAGUGCCCUUGGAUGUCAUGCGGAAUCUUCAGAUUCUCGAGCUCGACAGCUUCGAUCCGCGCGGGCUACUCAUCCCACCCAACGCGCUCUUGCACAGCCUCACAGUGCACGACCUCGAGGAUGCAGAUGACUGGAUUGUCGAAUUACUCGUCGAUGUGCCACAGCAGCUCGGCGGCAACGGCCUUGCUGUGCGCGGCGUAGACACGCCUGUCGAGUCACCGAUGAGCGAGCCGGACAGCUUGUUGGAACGAUCGCCGGAACCGCAAACACCACGCUUCCCCAAUCUACGACACUUGAGUAUUCAUCACGCCGGCCUCCUCUCGCUUCCCACACUUCCCCUUACGUCCGUCACCCAUCUCGACCUCUCGGGCAAUCUUCUGAACGCAAUCCCAGAUCUGUCGAGCCUGCACAAUCUCCUGUCGCUCAACCUUUCAUACAACGUUAUCACGAGCUUGCGCAACGCACCCCAGUCGCUCGGUAACGUGACCACGCUUAAUCUCGCACACAACCGCAUUGACUGCCUUGUUGGUCUCGAGCGUGUUCUUGGUCUGAAGCGCGUCGACAUUCGUGCCAACGAGCUUCCCGAAGCUGGGGAGGUAGGGCGCCUGGCGGUGCUGCCGCACAUUGAAGGGGUGUGGGCCGCAGCCAAUCCCUUCGCAAGUCCCGAUAGUGACUGGAGGGUCGAGGCAUCGGCGUUCUUCGCAGGGGAAGGGCGCGAGGUUGUACUGGAUGGUACACCGUUGACGUGGGCAGAGGGCAGACGGGUGGAUGCGGCGCUUGCGGCUCGCGGAAAGCGGCGACCACGUACGGGGCCAGCUUCCAGUGCUCCACCCACCGCACCGGCCAGCGCAGCAAACACGGCACCCAACUCGCCUAGACCCGCCCUCGACGUCAAGACGAAAACUGCGGGCGUCGCCGGCGGGUUGGCACCGCCGUCGCCUGCGCGUGCUGGCGCCCGCUCGCCAAUAGGGUCCCCGACGAAACCGCAAAUGCUGGGCGACCGCGAGGCGCUGUCGACCCCAUCACCGGGUGGAUCGCCGACGAAAUCGCCCCCGCCCGAAGAUCCGUUCACGCGGACGCCGGUGCGCAAGGCGAAGAAGAAGCGCGCGAAGCGGAGGGUGGUGAAUCUCGAUGAAGAGGGGAAGUAGAUGGUAGGUCGUACUGCUGAUCGGGGGGUUCUAGAGAUGACAUGUUAUCCUCCACGCGGCUACAUGCUCCCGUGAAUGCCCUGUGCUAGCUACUCAUUGCCGGACUCCGUCUCGCAACAGCACAGUAACUGUCUUGCCCCCGGGAGCAGAUU